CAGGAAGGUUAUGUGGGAGCUGUGAGUGCCAUAAGCCUGAAGGUAGACUGGGUCUGGAGCUGCCUCUCCUUUUGCCCGUGGAGGAGUAGAGGGAGCAAGGUGAAGCAGCCAGUGGGCAGCAGGACCUGGGCCGUGUGCCAGCUUGGUACCUGACACCUCUUCUCCGCGGAUGCCACUAGAUCCACAUGGCCCCAGCCCCCCGUGACUUGAAGCGGGGCCUGACGCACGCCCCCAGGAGCAGGGCGGUGUGGCACGGGAUGGGGGGACUGCUCUGCCUUUAAAAUACUCUGAAUACGUGGCUUUCCCUGGCUCGGUCAUCCCCAGGCGGAGAACAGCCACGAGACUUGCUGAGACCUGUGCUGGCUCUUUUCACAGAAGAUGACAGCAAGAGACGGGCCCCAAGAUAGGUACAAGGGUGUCUGGCUGAUCUUUUUCAUCCUUGGUCUGGGAACGCUGCUGCCAUGGAAUUUCUUCAUGACUGCCAGAGAGUAUUUCAUCAGCCGCCUCGUGGAACCAGAAGAGAUGAGCCACUUCAGGAACCAGACUGGUGAGGCUGCCUCUUCCCCCUCCUACCUGCAGUCCAUGUUUGACAACUUCAUGACUCUCUGCGCCAUGGUGCCCCUCCUCAUCUUCACCUGCCUCAACUCCUUCAUCCACCAGCGGAUUCCCCAGCAGAUCCGCAUCUUGGGCAGCCUGGUGGCCAUUGGGCUGGUGUUUUUAGUCACUGCCAUCAUGGUGAAGGUUGCCAUGGAGCCUCUUCCCUUCUUCGUCUUUACCAUGAUCAGCAUUGUCUUCAUUAACUCCUUUGGCGCCAUCCUCCAGAGCAGCCUCUUUGGGCUGGCAGGCCUCCUGCCAGCCAGCUACACAGCUCCCAUCAUGAGCGGGCAGGGCUUGGCAGGCACCUUUGCUGCUUUGGCUAUGAUCUUCAGUAUUGCCAUUGGCGCCCAGAAGCCCGAGAGCUACAUCGGUUACUUCACCACGGCCUGUGUGGCGAUUGGGCUGGCAAUCUUCUCCUACAUCCUUCUGCCUCGCCUGGAUUUCUUCCGAUACUACUCUAUGAAGGACAAGACAGAGUACUGUGUGUACAAUGCAGAGCUGGAGACCAAGAGGGACCUGAUUAAGAAAGAUGAACCCAAUGGGAUGGAGCAGAAUAACCCAAAGAUCAUCCCUAUCCACAACCCUGACGAGAAGCCUUCAGUUGUUGCUAUUUUUAAAAAGCUCUGGGUUAUGGCUCUAUCUGUCUGCCUCGUCUUCACUGUCACCAUCGGCGUCUUUCCAUCCGUCACUGCCAAGGUGUCCACUGUCCUGGGAGAGGGAAAUAAGUGGGGUCUCUACUUCCUCCCUGUCUCCUGCUUCCUGCUCUUCAAUGUCUUUGACUGGAUCGGACGGAGUCUCACUGCCCUCUUCACAUGGCCUGGGAAGGACAGCUGGCUCCUGCCAGUGAUGGUGGCUCUCCGUGUCGUCUUUAUCCCUCUUUUCAUGCUGUGCAACGUGCAACCCCGUAACUACCUGCCUGUUGUGUUCUCUCACGACGCCUGGUACAUCAUCUUCAUGAUCUUCUUCUCCAUCUCAAAUGGCUACUUGGCCAGCCUCUGCAUGUGCUUUGGGCCCAAGAAAGUGCUUGCCCAUGAAGCAGAGACAGCUGGAGCCGUCAUGGCCUUUUUCCUGUCGCUGGGCUUGGCCCUAGGAGCUGCUGUCUCCUUUCUGUUCCGAAUUCUCAUCUAGCAGAGGCACCCAGGGGAUGCAGGGACACCGAGAGAUGGCUCCGCAUCCUCCUCUGAGGCCCUGGAUGCCUCAGGGCCGUGGGGAGAUAACACCUCAUGCCUGCCCCUGCCAAAUCACACUGCCACAGCAGACGUUACAUCCAGGGACGGUUCCACUCCUGCAGGGCUGGCCUGGCUCCUGCCAUGCUCGGCUGUGUGAUGCCUUCAGGCCUAUGUGCCUUUUCCUUCCCUGUGCUCUGUGUGUGUGUGUUGUGUGUGUGUUGUGUGUGUGUUGUGUGUGUGUGUGUAAGACCCCUGGCAAUCUCUCAGAGGUCCAGCUGCCUCCUAUGCUGUGUAAUUUCCCCAGCUCAAGGCCAAAAGCCAUUCUCAGCUUCUUUCUCUGUCAGAGUUGAAGGCUGAUAUCCAGUGUUAUUCCCUCUCUUGUCCUUGUCUCCAAGGCGCCUAGGGACUUGCUCUCCUCUCCUUCCAAGAGUCCUGGAAACAUCCCACACAGCUUCUGCUGGUGAUACUUGCAAAUAGGGAGGAGAAUCCCAGCCACCAUUGCCAUUCCCACUCUGCUGGGCCACGUCCUCCUGCCCAGCAGUGUACUAGGGGCAUAGACAGUCAUGUCCCACCCACGUAAAGAGCCAAGACCAUGGCUAUGCUGAAUGAGGGGGUCUCCACACUCCACCUUGCCCUCUCUCCUGGCCCUUGUUCCCUACUAUUGUGUGAUUCUGCCAUUGUUUUCUUUCUGGUUGUGACAGGAGGCUUCACAGUGUAUAGACUGCCAAGAGGAGAGACAACAACUCCCUUCCCCACUCACUCCUGACUGCCUUCCCUGCCCACCUGUGCUGCAGGGGGAGGACUGACCUCUCCCUUGGCUUUCCCAUGCCUCCUCUGUACCCAAGUGUCUGUACAGUUGCCAUUUUCUAUAAAAAGACUGAAACAUC